AUGAAGAAUGUGAGAAACUUAGGAGUUACGUUUUCUAAGAGACGUGCUGGUCUAUUCAAAAAGGCUUGCAAACUUUGUACGCUAUGUGGUGCUGAAAUUGCCUAUGUGAUAUUUUCCUACGAUGGUAAAGUUUUCUCUUUUGGUCACCCUAGCAUGGACACGUUGGUGGAGAGGUACCUUGGGAGGAACCUCCCUCCACCAAAUAAUGAUGUCCACAAUCAACAAAUAGUGGCUCUUAGAGAAGCUGGUAUUCUUGAGCUCAAUACCAAGCUCAUGAACCUCGAGGUGGUUCUCCAGAUGGAGAAAAAUCGCGGAGAAUCCCUUCGAGAAAUUAGGAAGAGAGCUGAUGAGGAAGAAAUGAGCGUGAACCAGAGUAAUGGUAGCCAAGUUGGCCACCAAGAUGAUAUUGGAUAUCAUAACGAUGUGAAUGACCCGAUUCAAUUGGGUGAUGUUGGUGCGAUACGUCUACCUCCGGUUGAGGGGAAUGAUGUCUUCCAUGUCACUUGCACAAUGCUACAACUCCUGCAAAUGAAAGGCCUAUAUGGAGGGAUUGCACAUGAAGAUCCCCAUGAACAUAUUCAGAACAUCGUGGACAUUUGUGUUCCGUUCUCAUUCAAGAACAUAUCACAAGAAUCAGUUCUUCUUCGGUUGUAA